AUGCGAUUAAUCAAUGGCUCGUGGAACUUUCGAUAUGCACCGAAAACAUUUCGAAAUGGAACAAGUAAGUGUUCAUGUGGACCGUCAAGUUCGUGUCAGAAACCUCAAGGAUUCUACUGCCAAACUUUAGCCUGUCGUCCAUUCAAUGCACUACCGAACCGUACCAUUCCGGGCAUGUUCCUCGGCUGCUUUCCUAUCGAUUCCAUUCUUCUAUCAACACUUGAAUGUCUUUAUGAUCAAUCAUGUGUUCAAAUGCUGAUCGAUUGGCGUCUAUUUGACUUUUCUGACAUUCUUUUGCCAGUCAAUUUAACAAAUAUCACUGCACUCGAUCGACUAGCUCCAAGUCGGUUCCUACCGAACACAUCACUUGAAAUCAUAAUUUCACAAUUAUUGAUCGAAAACUGGACAACGAGUGUCAAUUUUCGUGAUUAUUUUGCUCAUUGUCAACUGGAUCUAUGUAGGUAUACGGUUGUACGACAACAUCAACCUAUUUUUGUCAUUACAAAUGUCAUCGGUCUUGUGGGUGGAAUUAUAGUCAUACUUCGACUUUUGGUUCCACAUGUAGUCAAGACUGCUCAACAUGUUUCCGACAAUUGUCAGAAGCGUCCUUCAACAAAUACUGGUCAGUAA